AUGGAUCCCAAGGGGCUCCUCUCCUUGAACGUCCUGCUGUUUUUCUCCCUAGCUUUUGAGCUGAGCUGCAGAACAGGUGAGGGCUCAACGAAUUGCCCAGUGAUGAUCCUUGGGCGGCUGGGAAGCAGUGUGCUGCUGCCCCUGACAUCUGAGGGGAUAAGCAAGAGCAUGAAUAAGAGUAUCCACAUCCUUGUCACAAUGGCAGAAUCACCCAUAGACACCAUCAAGAAGAAAAUAGUGUCCCUGGAUCUGCGGAAAGGUGACUCUCCACGCCAUCUGGAGAAUGGCUAUGAGUUUCAUCCAGAAAACCUGAGCCUGAGGAUCCUGAAAAGCAGGAAGGAGGAUGAGGGCUGGUACUUUAUGAGCCUGGAGGAAAACGUUUCAGUCCAGCAAUUUUGCUUGCAGCUGAAGCUCUAUGAACAGGUCUCCACUCCGGAAAUUAAGGUGUUGAACUCCAGCCAGGAGAACGGGACCUGUAGCCUGAUGCUGGCCUGCAUGGUGGAGAAAGGGGACCAUGUAGCUUACAACUGGAGUGAGGAGGCGGGUGCCCCCCUGCUGAGCCCCACCAAGAACUCCCACCUCCUGUAUCUCACCCUUGGCCCUCAGGAUGCCAACAACAUCUACAUCUGCACCGUGAGCAAUCCCAUCAGCAAUGGCUCUCAGACCUUCAUCCCGUGGUCCAGAUGCAGCCUCGGUUCCUCAGAAUCAAGACAAUGGGGACUGUAUGCUGGGCUCUUCUUAGGGGUCAUCGUUGGUGUCAUCAUGAUUCUGCAAGCGGUAAUACUACUGUUGAGAAGAAGAGGUAAAACAGACAAUUACCAGCCAACAAUGGAAGCAAAAAGCCUUACUAUCUAUGCCCAAGUCCAGAAAUCAGGUUCUGUUCAGAAGAAACCUGACUCUCUGCCAGCUCAGGACCCCUGCACCACCAUUUACGUUGCUGCCACAGAGCCUGUUCCAGAGCCCAUCCAGGAAUCAAGCUCCAUCACAGUCUAUGCCAGCGUGACACUUCCAGAGAGCUGA